AUGGCAGAUGGUCAAGAGGGAAAUCAGGUACGCAAUGCGACACAUGGGACGCGGGCAUGCACAUAUCGCCGUACAUUCACCUCGGCAUGGUUUGCGUCAUGUUUGGUGCAGCGGGCCGUCAGUCUUCCUGGUCUUCCUCUCGAUGGCCUAUGCAAGGUGUGCGACAACUUGCUUACCGACGAAACAAUCGCACUCGGAAGUCUCUGCCCCUCCCUUCACAAGUCGACCAAGGACCCCGCCCUCUACAAGCGGCUGACCGUCACCCCCCGGACACACAAGAAGUGGCGCAACGCGCGCCGGCCCGUGCUGAGAGAGCUGCGCGUGCGGCUCAGCUCGCUGCAGAGGGCCAGCAUCACGACGGACGAGGAGGUGGGCAGGCAGGGGCCGCACCAGUGGCCCGACAGCAUGGAGGGGGACAGCGAUGCGUCAGAGGACGAGGCACUUCGUGAGCUGGGGAGGUGUGAGGCCCAAUGGUUUCGCUGCGAGGGUGAGCACCUCAAAGCCGUCGGCAACCGGGCCAAAUACGCCAAAUUGAUUGAGGUGAGAUGGGCGGGAUGGCAAGGAAAGACAUUCCAGAGUGAAUGGAUGAUAGAAUUUUCCUCUGUGCGUGUGCAGGCGUCGAAAAAGACGAUAGAGGAGGUGGAUCUGUUGGAGGAGACGGCCGCUACGGUCUUCACACACGCCGAUUCUUCGAAGCAUCCGCCGAAGCUGAUGGUAGGCGACGUGCAGGUCUGCUUGGCACACACUUAUGUGUGUACAUGCAUCCACAGGACCCACCUCGCCACGAGUAUCCCAAGCUGCGGAGCGUGUCGCUCAAGGGACCACUGUGGGCAGGUGUAGCCUACUGUCGCAAGUGGAGGUGAGGGGGACAACACAGAGUGUGGUGCACUUGGGUGCACGCCGGUCAUUUGCCCUCUGUUUGCAGGUUGCCGGCCCUCGAGACCUUCACUGUCGGAUGCCUGGAUAAUCUCUACAGCCUGGAGUGUCUGAGGGACGACGAGUUCAUUCGCGCCUGGCUCCGCGCCACCACUGACCUCACCCACCUCCAGAUGUACAUCGAUGCAGACGGUGACAUGGCGGCGCUCGACGCCUGCCCCUCACUUGCGAGGCUGGUGUCACUCGGUGUCGUAAAGUUCGGAGAUCCCGUCAGAAGCAGCAAGCUGGUCAGCGUGCUGCGGGCCAAGGGGGCGGUCGGUGGCGAGGACGGCGUGCGGGGCCGCAUCGCGAGAGUGGCCAUCAAGUUCCCUGAAUGGUGCGACCUGGGCUCGUAUGAUGAGUUCAUCAACAAGGCACUGCCGCGCCUGUGGAGAUUUGUGCGCGAGGUUGCUGGAGAGGGCAUUUGUGCAGAGUCCACCGUCGUGACCACGAUGCCCGAUGGGCCACCCCUUCCCCUUCCCCUCCCCCACCCAGUCCCCGCCCCCACAGCCAGCGACGCGUCAGACGAUGACGCCGAACACGACAACGGCACCCAGGACCUCAUUCCCUCGCCACACCCACCGGCCAAGAGACCCAGAGCCGGACGACACAACAGAGGCCCCCCUGCGCCUCCCAAGCGGCCUGCGCGGGCCGGGGCUCUUCACCGAUUCAACUUGCGCAUCGAGCAGGAGCUCUUCACCGACGAGCUGCUGCGCAUCAAGGCCGGUGAUGCGCUAUCCGUCCGGUACGUGCAUGAGAGGGCGCGGAGAGCCAAGGAUGUCCUCAUCUCCGCCUGGUCCACUGCCGAUGUGCGGCCGACGUUUGGUGAUGUGGUGUUUGAGGAGGCGCCGAAGGUCACGCUGCAGCCCUGGGAUGAGGGCGACCCGCCCAGCGCCGACCAGCCAUCAUUCCUCUUCCCCAUCAUGCCUGCGCAUGCCCCUUCCAGCGGUCCCAGCAGCAGCACCAGCAGCAGCAGCAGCAUGGAUGGGGCAGCUGUCGCGAGAAGGCGCUUCCCCAAGUGCCACAAGCUCCGCAUAGAGCAUCCGACGAAAGCGAUGAUCGACGAUGGAGGACUGACCCCGAUCCUGACCAACGUGAGCGGCCAGAUCAGGCAGCUGUUCGUCGAGCAGAAGGACUCCAUGUUUGUCGGUGACGGGAUAGCAGCGGUAGCACCGGAGGAGCUGGUCGACACCCUCCUGGAGUGCCAUCGCCUCCUCGGUGCGCCAACAGCUCAUCUGGAGGCCUUCAACUACUACUACGAUACGCGUGGCAGCCUCAGGAUCCCCUCCCAGCUGUGCGAUUCAGCCCCCUAUCUGCUGUUCACCGACCGCCGCCUGGCCUGCCGGCUCAUCCCCAGCCGGCACUUGCUGCUAGCCGCGCCCCGCUGCGUGCACUCAGUGCACGGGGACGUGCAGACAGACUUCAUCGUCGCCGUCGUGCAGAACACGCCAGGUAGGUGGGUUUCAGUCAGUCCAACCCGCGUCCUUCUGCCGGACAUGAUGGAUCUCCCUGCUGUAUGUGUGUCAGGUCUGCGCCGCCUGACGCUGAGGGAGACGCCGGUGCGGGACGAAGACCGCAGCCCCGAGCAGAUCGAUUUCUGCAGGCCUGUAGCCACAUAUAGUGACGACGAGGGCGAGAAGAAGGAGCUCUUCACACGCCUGCCAUACCCAGCUUAUCUGGCAACGUCUGCUGUGGACGCGGCACUGGAGGUGGCUGGCUUGCCCUUCGUGGUAGUCAGGAGUAGCCCCACGCAGCUGGAGAUAGCGUAGGGCAGCCACACCUGUCGCAGAUAGGCAGGUCGACGGUAGAUCAUGGUAGACUGACUGAUGCCAUGCCGGCAGAUUCGCUCGUGCAGAUGAGUGGAUCUUUGUGAGUAGUGAGUUGUGUCUGCUUUCAUCGACACUGGCUUAUUGUAAUUGCCUUGUCAAUAGCUGCAACAAAAGAUCUGCAUGCAUGCAUCCCCUCC